AUGUCGAUCCGAUCCUCAGAAGUUCCCAGCGCAGAUGACGUUGUGCACUCAGCAGCGGCCGCGCUGCCUCCAACAGUACCUCCUCAACCUGCGCGUGCUACUGCUGCUGAAAACAAACGCCUAUCGACGGUGGCAGAAUCACAACCUAAUUCCAAUCGCAAUUCUGCGAUAUCAUCCACCUCUACAGCGUCCGGGAAAUCCAAACGGAAAACCCAUAUUGGGCCAUGGCAGUUAGGAAGAACUCUGGGUAAGGGUGCUACCGGGCGUGUUCGCCUAGCGAAACACGCGCUCACGGGCCAGACGGCUGCUAUUAAGAUUGUCUCCAAAAAGUCUGCUGCAAUGGUGCAGAGUCAGAGCAUUGCUGCGAUGGACAAAAAUAUUGAGCUUACAACGCGUGUUCCUGGCGGAAGGGUGAUCCCAUCUGGGAUCGAACGAGAGGUGGUGAUAAUGAAGUUGAUUGAGCACCCGAAUAUUAUUAACUUGUAUGACGUAUGGGAAAACCGUGGAGAGCUAUAUCUUGUUCUCGAGUAUGUUGAAGGUGGAGAGUUGUUUGACUAUGUUUCCGAAAGCGGGCCUCUUCCCGAGAUCGAGGCCGUUCGCCUUUUCAGACAAAUCAUUGCAGCACUUUCAUAUUGCCAUCGCUUCAAUAUUUGCCAUCGCGACCUUAAGCCAGAAAAUAUCCUCCUCGAUACCAACUGCAAUAUCAAACUUGCAGACUUUGGGAUGGCCGCUCUCCAACCCGCGGGCCAUUGGCUGAAUACUUCCUGCGGAAGCCCUCAUUAUGCCUCUCCUGAAAUCAUAUACGGCCAUAGAUACCAGGGUGACAAAGCCGACAUUUGGAGUUGCGGGAUUAUUUUAUUUGCCAUGCUGACCGGGUAUCUCCCUUUUGACGGUGGCGAUCUACCUAACACACUCCGCCUUGUCAAGAAGGGAGAGUAUAUUUUCCCCCCCUGGCUGAGCGUCGAAGCAAUGGAUUUGAUUCAGCGUAUAUUACAAAAGCAACCACGGGACAGGAUCAGCAUCGAUGAAAUGUGGUCUCAUCCGCUCCUUAAGAAGUUUGAAAAACACCAUAUUUUGAUGACUUCGGAAGGGGCUUCCUUGGGGCCUCCACCACCUUUAUCAUACAAGGACUGCGGAAAGAAGAUCACCCGUCGCCAGGAUAUCGAUAUGGAACUUCUGAGAAGCCUUCAGACACUCUGGCAUGGAGCUAAAGUAGAGGAGCUUAUUGGCAAAUUGCUGAGUGACGAGGUCAACCAUGAAAAAAUGUUCUACCACGCCCUGGCUAAAUUUAGGGAUGAUCAACUUGAAAACUACGAAGGCCCUCUCGGAUAUUCUGCCAGUGACUACCACCACAUAUCAAGGGGCCCUGCAAAAUCCCAACCGCGAGCCACAAGUAGCCGCAAUACCAGUCAAUCCUGGCGACGAUCGCAACUGUCUAUCGCAACUGGUCGAUCUACAUUCAGAGAGACUUCCCAUCCAGAACCUAAAUCUGCUCGGACAAUUGCCAGCUAUGACCCUUACAGGUCCUCUCGAUCGCCCAUAUCCAAUCCUCAGGCAGAGUUUGCUAAUGUAACUGUCCACCGCCAGUCGUCAGAUUCUCCAAAGAGUAAAGGAAGCGAUAGCUCUUCUCAGGCUUCCAAUUCUCCAAGCCAUUUCACUCUGAAAAAGGAGCUCCCCAAAGAUCGCCGUUCAUUUGCCCCCAGCUCCUCCAUCGGCGCUAAUAGAUGGAAUAGAAAAGGCUCUAUUUCCUCAAUUCAGUCCCGAAGCUCUAUUACAAGCUCCACCAGACGCCGCAAUGGCUUUACUGGCCCUCGUUCGGCCAGCUACAAGAGAAAUGUUUGUUUUAGACAUGUCCGUAACCAACGUUCCAUUGGGAGACAAACCACAGAACAGCCGGAUAUCACACAGACACAUUCCCAAUCUUCGGUGCCCCCUGAAACUGAGACGAGGGACAAGAUUUCCUCUGAUAGAUUCAGCAGCCCAGCACUUCCUACUCCACCGCCUCCUAUUCGAGUACGUAGGAACCCUAAUCAUGAAAUGAAUAAGGACCCUGCAAAACAACGCAUCGCUGGCCAAUACUGGAGGGAUGAGGCAAUCAAAGUAUCGGCGGAACUUGGCAAAAUCUGUGAGGAAGCAUUCAAUCGAACUUCCACCUCAUCUAGCGCACCCUCUGUUGAAACUGCAAGACAGACUGAAUCCCCUCCGACUUCAGUUUCAACUCCACAGGAAGUGAGCAGCCCUGAAGACCAAUAUAAGAUGCGUCCACUCCCAGAGCCACCGGCCGACUCAUUCAAUUCUUAUACAAUUCGGGAGUUAGCCGAUACUCGGCGUCGACUUAUUGAACAUUCCGCUCAGGCAACAUCUGAUGACAUUUCCCAAUAUCUUUCUGAGGUCAUUGCGCAUCUUGAUCGUCUGAUAGGAGAUGAACUUGCACCUAAAGCCGAUAACAUCCCUAAACCCUGUUCGGAAGUGCUUUCCCAAACUUCAGAAUCGUUUCUACCAUCCAUCGCCGAGGACGCCAUAUUUAAUGACUGCACAUCGAUUAUAGAGAAAAUUCAAUGCGAAGCAAAGGCUCCAGAAUACGGAAAUUCAAAGAUCACGAACUGGAAAUCGGAAAAUACAAUCCGCAUGGUACCUCAUGAAUCCAGUAUUCCUGACAUGGACGCGAUAAAGCCGUUGACGAUUCGUAAAAAAUCGGGCGGCUCCUCAACGCAAAAGAAGAACCCCUCCACGAACCCCGCCGGACGCUACAGAUCUGUUUCAGGCCUUUCUGAUGACGAAGCAGCUGGCAGUGCUCCUACUAGCAGACGCAGUAGCAAUACGCGCUAUUACACCAGCGGACUAGAGCCGAUAGAAGAGAAUCCAAGAUCCCCGGAUAGUUGCAAUGACGCUCGCAAUUCGGGAGAGUCAUGGAAAUGGCCUUGGUUCAAGCACAGAUCGCUGAGCCAGGAGCAAAUACCACCCCCACCACCUUCCAAAGAUGACACGCCGUGCUUAGCAACAGCUAGCGAUGACAAUAAUCAAGAACUUGGGAAAAGGAAGAGCCUUCAAGAGCUAUUGGAACUUGGUAGGAGGAAAAGUGUUCAGGGCCUAUUAGAACUUGAAAAACCAGCCAACGACCCCAAUGUACCUACCGAAGUAGCGCUACCUGUGUCUCCGUUUCCCAGCAGGGCCAGUAGCUCUAUUACACGGCGUGGCACCAAGAAGAACGAAAGUCACCGCCGUUCAGGGAACCAAAAUUGGUUCGCGAGAUUCUUCCAUAUUAAGCCCGCAUCGAAGACGCUGGCAUUUAAAGUGUCCAAACUCCGCGCGAUAAAAGAAGUUGUCAAGAUCCUACACGAGUGGAAUAAAUAUGGAAUGGAAGAUGUAUAUCUUGAUAGGGCGAAGAGUAUUGUGACCGGAAGGGUUGCGGAGCUAAAUUUCCUGCGCCUACGGCCCGUUGAAUUUUGUGGCGAAUUCUUCACCGUCCUCGAGCGAGGCAGGCAUGCGAAUCUGAGUCUGCUACACCUGAGACAAGAGCGUGGAGCAGCAUCAUCAUUCCACAGGGUAGCUAAUACUUUAGAGAUUGUGCUGAAGAAGCGCGCCUUAUUAGUCGACAAUUCAUCCAAGGCUAAGAGGAUGAUCAAGGUUCUUUAUUAA